GCCAUUUCCAAAGCGAGAGAGAUCAAGCAAGCUACACACUGCUCUUUCGCCUCGCAACUCGACUCAAUCGCUACAACUCGACCUGUCCGAAAAUGGAGAGGAGGGACUCCGGCAUUGCCCGCAGAGCUUGGGACGUGCUCCGCCUCGCGCUGCUGUGCGCGAGGAGAGGCGGCGUGUUCAGGCGGCUCCUUGCGGUCAAGUUCCGGGUCGCCGUGACUAGAUUCCUCAAGAGCAUCGGCGGUGGCCGCUGCGGCUACAGCAGCUCCAUGCCUCAAGGUCGAAUCCACUACGGGGAGCGCCAGCUCUCGUUUGAAGAGACUCCGAUCUUCCGCGUCAAGAUGCACCGACCCAGAGGAUCCAUGAGGUCCCACUUUUGCCUCCCUCGCAUCCCCUGCAUCAGCCCGGACGUCGAUUUCAACGACGGCUUCGGCGACGACGAGGACAGUGGCGAAUGCGACUGGGAGAGGAAGAUCUUGGUUGCCGAUGGAGACAGAGGAGAAUGUGUGUACGACGAAAGGGCGUCGGAAUCAUCCGAAGAAGAAGGGAUUGAUGAGAGAGCAGAGGAGUUCAUAGCAAAGUUCUACGAGCAGAUGAGGCUGCAGAGGCAAAUUUCAUACUUACAGUACACCGAGAUGCUCAACAAAGCCACGAGCUGAAUCGUAGUAAUCAUUUCCGCUCCGCACC